AUGACUUCACCAUUGAGUAUAAUUGGUAUGAAUAGAAAGUUCUAUAAUUAUAUUAAAGUUGUUGUGAUUUGGAUUACUGAUCAGUAUUCUAUCAUUGAUCGAAUAGUUGGCAUUGAAGAUAGAAAUAUUUCAAAAUCAAAUAUGCCCUAUCAUUUAGACAUUACAUAUGCUGGUAACUUAUUAUCGAGUAUGCCUAUUCGAAUUAUAACAAUUUGGAUAUCUCUGAGUCGCUUGAAAGUCAAAGUACAUGUUGAUAAUUCAUAUGAAGCACGAGUUAAUGAAGAAACAUAA